AUGGCGUUUCCGCAGCCGCGUCCUCAAGCGUCUCAGUUGCCGCAGCAUCUUUUGCGGACCGUAGAGUGUCAACAGGGUGCUGUGAGAGCCGUGCGCUUCAACGCUGAUGGGAAUUAUGUGCUGACCUGCGGCAGUGAUAAAUCUCUGAAGCUGUGGAGUGUGAGACGUGGCCUAAUGGUCAAGACUUACACCGGUCACGGAUAUGAAGUGCUGGAUGUGGACCGUUCUUAUGACAACAGUCAGCUGUGCUCCUGCAGCUCGGAUAAAACAGUCAUCCUCUGGGAUGUGGCGUCUGGUCAGGUGACUCGCAGACUUCGCGGGCACGCCGGGAAAGUAAACUGCGUGCAGUUUAAUGAGGAGGCUACUGUGAUGCUGUCAGGCUCCAUUGAUUUUUGA